GCAGCUCUCUCUCCGCGCUUGGCUGGCUAAACAUUAACCUGUUGAUGUACAGAGUGCAGGGACGGGAGAUGUUGCGCUGAGUUCGAUCGCUGAGCGCUCGGUCAGUGAAAGUUUCUGAAACAUGGUGCGGGAGCAGGGAGAUUACUAUGGCAGGCACGGAGAGCCUCGGAGAUUUGAUCCAACAUUCAAGGGACCAAUUCACAGCAGGCAUUGUACAGACAUCCUGUGCUGUGUGCUGUUUGUUACUGUGAUUCUCGGUUACAUUGUUUUGGGAGUCGUCGCUUGGGUCCAUGGAGAUCCGAGGAAAGUGGUGUAUCCAACAGAUAGCCGUGGCCAAUUCUGUGGACAGAAGGGAACUGUCAAUGAGAACAAGACCAUUUUAUUCUACUUCAACAUCCUGAAGUGUGCAAGCCCUGCAGUCCUCAUCAACCUACAAUGCCCAACAAAACAGGUUUGUGUCGAGAAGUGUCCAAACCAGUUUGCCCGAUACUUUGAUGUAAAAAACAAUUACCGAUGGAACAAAACAUCCUGGGAAUAUUACCGUCAGUUUUGUCAACCUGGCUACAACAUUCCUCGAAAGUCAGCUUCCCAGGUGAUUCGAGACGAAGACUGCCCAUCAAUGAUUGUUCCCAGCCGACCCUUUCUGCGCCGUUGCUUUCCUGACUUCACCACCAAGAACGGAAUUCUGACGGUGGCCAACAAGACCACGUUCAAAGAUGGCCAGGGCAGAACCCGCAACGUGACAGACCUGCGGGAUGCAGCUAACAAGGUGACCAUCAUCCGCCACGGACCUAAGAGAGGAAUAAAUUAUGUCCUCGAUGCCAGGGAGAUUUGGAUGAAGAUAUUUGAGGAUUACACCAACUCUUGGUACUGGAUCUUAAUUGGGCUGGUCAUUGCUAUGAUCGUCAGUCUCAUCUUCAUCCUCUUGCUCCGCUUCACAGCCGGAGUCUUGUUCUGGUUUGUCAUCUUUGCCGUGAUCGCGGUGAUUGGUUAUGGGAUCUGGCACUGUUACUGGGAGUACAGCAGUCUCAAGGGUAAACCUGGCAGUGACAUCCCUAUCUACGACAUUGGUUUCCAGAUGGACUUCAGGGUGUAUCUACAGCUCAGGCAGACAUGGCUUGCCUUUAUGAUCUUUCUCUGCAUUAUUGAAGUGAUCAUCAUUCUGAUGUUGAUUUUCCUACGGAAAAGAAUCUAUAUUGCAAUUGCACUGCUCAGGGAAGGAAGCAAGGCCAUAGGAUACAUCAUGUCUACUUUAUUCUACCCAAUCAUCACCUUCCUGCUCCUUGCUGUCUGUAUUUCCUAUUGGGCUAUCACAGCUAUAUUCCUGUCAACAUCUGGUGAAGCUGUGUACAAAAUUAUGACCAAUCGGGGUCAUUGUAUAUAUGCAAAUAGAACAUGCAAUCCUGAGGUAUUUAACACCAGCAAUGUCACCAAGUUGUGCCCAGGUGCUCAAUGUGCCUUCGCUUUCUACGGUGGAGAGAGUGUUUACCACAAGUACAUCUUCAUUCUUCAGAUCUGCAACCUCUUUGUCUUUUUGUGGCUGGUGAAUUUUGCCAUUGCACUAGGACAGUGCACACUGGCUGGUGCCUUCGCUUCCUAUUACUGGGCAUUCAAGAAGCCAGCAGACAUCCCAACUUUCCCUCUGCUCGCUGCAUUCGGUCGUUCCCUGAGGUACCACACGGGCUCAUUAGCAUUCGGAUCCUUAAUACUAGCCAUCACCCAACUCAUUCGGAUUAUCCUGGAAUACCUGGAUAAUAAACUGAAAGGUGCGCAGAACAAAUUUGCCAAGUUCCUCUUCUGCUGUCUGAAAUGUUGCUUUUGGUGUCUUGAAAAAUUCAUCAAAUUUCUUAACAGAAAUGCCUAUAUAAUGAUUGCCAUAUAUGGUAAAAACUUCUGCACAUCUGCAAAAGAUGCCUUCUUUUUACUGAUGAGGAAUGUCGUGAGAGUCGCUGUGUUGGAUAAAGUGACGGAUUUUCUGUUGUUACUGGGCAAGUUGCUGAUUGUUGGAGGUGUUGGAGUGCUGGCCUUUUUCUUCUUCACACACAGAAUAUCGAUCAUCGCUGGUGAAGCCCCAUCAUUAAACUAUUACUGGGUUCCUCUCGUAACGGUGAUAUUCGGGUCCUAUCUAAUUGCACACGGCUUUUUCAGUGUUUAUGCAAUGUGUGUGGAUACAUUGUUCCUCUGUUUCUUGGAAGAUUUAGAGAGGAAUGAUGGAUCGGCUGACAGGCCAUAUUUCAUGAGUAAAACAUUGAUGAAGAUUCUGAACGUGAGGAAUGUGAAGCCUGAAGAUGAGCGACACAGACGUUGAACUUUUCACAGGGACUUGACUUUCCCCAUCCAUCAAAAAUAAGGCUACACCAACAACAAUAAGCAUUUAUGUAGAGCAUUUAACAUAGUGAACCAUCUCAAGCAGCUUCAUUGGAGCAUUGUCCAACUUUUGAUACAUCCAAGUGACUGGGAACCAAAUUCCUGUCUUUCAAAAUGUUUAAAGAAAGAUAAAACCCUACAAACAUCUUGUAUCUCUUCUUCGUAGGAAUUUGGUUCUAGUCAGUGACUUUGUGCAUAAGUCAGAAAGCUUUAUCAAUUUGAGUGCAGAAAACUGGUAUUCUCUGAGAGGACUGGCUCUAAUCUGCAGCUUGUGCCCCAUCCCUGGCAUAGCCUUCACACAUGACAUCAUGGUUUCAUCAUAUGUACAUGCUGUCGUUAUGUCGGUCAGUUAACUUGGGAAUUCAGUGCUUCCUGUAUGUUUUUACUCAUGACCCCAUUACUGUGUGUGUUAACAUUUGCCUUAAAGUCUUGCACAUAGGAUUUGAACAUUCAAGCUCCAGUGGAAAAUAUUGCAGAGAGGAAAUUAAACUUCUCAAUAGAUUGUUCCCCAAACCAUGACCAGCUGAAGGCGGCAAGUAUCCACUGCUGCAAGAGCCUUGAUUUUGAUGUUUGUGGAAUGUCAGAAUUAGUGACAAUGUUGAAAGGAAACGUGGAGAAUCCACUAAAUUUCAAAAUAUUGAGUCAGAAUGAAGCAGAUAUCCAAAAUGACUGGAAAUAAACCCUCAUCUCUCAGUAUCAAACAAGGACGUAUUCCACCAGCACUUCCUGAAUUUCCCUUUCUUUUAAAAUUUUCCUGUUUAUCCUGUGGAAAUGAUCUGGUCUCACUGUAAUGGUAUUUAUUCCAUCCUUUCUACCUACCAACAUUCUGGAAAACUGCACAUUCCUCGGACUUGACGUUCUGUAAAAUAGCAGGUGCUAUGUUGCUUAUCUUUCCGAGAUUAUGGAGUAACUGUAAGAGGACGAGCUUUCACACUGCCUCACCAUCGUGACAGUCUGAGCAUCAUUGAUGGGACCCUUCCUUCAUCCUCAACCCAUUAAUUCCAGAGGCUCAAAGACCAGAGAAAGAAAACAUCAGAGAAUUUCCUCUUCAAGAGGUGACAGUUUAUAAAGACCAACAUGAAAUGACCCCUGUCACAGUCACGAACCAAUACAGCUCUCUCUCUCUCAUUCUCAAAGGCCAUGCGACCACCAGCCAGAGCUCCAUUUCAGGAACUUCCUACUACCUGGGAAAUGUAGACCUACACAAUAUCCAAUCCAUUCCCACUCUUAAAGUGAAAACUUGGAUCCCCUGCACAUCAGUGAUCUGUUAAACUCAAAAGAAUGUAUUAAUAGAUCAAUCUAUACACUCCUUCCAUUAUUUUAUGUGGGUAUCUUACAGACUGGAGACUACAGAAAGUUCAGGAGAAAGAGGGGACUUUGAACCAGUGGUUCCCAAAGCUAAUCUUGCUAAUUCUGCGCAGAAAAGUCACAACAAGCAAAACUGGUACAAUGGAGCCAGCUUUCUGUGGAAGGAAACAAUAGAUAGAGAAGACUGGCCAGUUCCUGGAGCCUAUUUCACCACUCAGUCAGCUCAGGGUAGAUCCAUAUGGUAACUCCAUCCAGCUAGCCUGAUGAUGUAAUUCUUCAUUACCUGAAAUUAAUCCAUCCAUCUCCGUUUGGGAAUGUUACCUGAUCUCCAGCUUCAGUCAUCUUCCAGAGGGAGGAAGUUCCGCACCCCCAUAGACAAGUGUUUCCUGAUGCCCCAUCUCCCACACAGCCUGGUGUGGAUUUGAAGAUUCUGCCCCUUUGCUCUGGACUUGUUCCCCCUCCGCCUCCAGAGGAACUAGUCUCCAAUCCACUUCAGUUCUACCUGAUCCACACUGAAAUGUAGGAAAUACUGAACAAACAUUACUGAUGAAGUGCUGAAGAUUCCCAUCAGUGAGUUGGACGGUGGUAAACCCCAUUGUGCAGAGUCCCUACAUGUUGACUGUUCCCAAUGGAGGAAACAGACCAGAAAUCAUUCAAAUGAGGAAAUCUUCAAAAAUGUCAAUGGAACUCAACUGUUUUCCUUAAAGGCCCUACCCAUCAAAACCCCAGGAAAAUGGCCUGGAGUCCUUUCUGAUUUCUGGUUAGUUGGUCCUUUGAUGGUUGGGGCCCAUGAGGUAGACAAUGCCUCAGGGUUGUUUCUCUGGGAGAGUGAGAGCUGGGAACCAGUGGAUGACCUUGUUAGUGGAACAGGCCCCUCUCCCAACUCCAUCCCUCACUCCUCCGUUAGAUGUAAGAAAGAGAGAGUGACGCUCAAUGAUUGGGGAGACAAGGCAGAAAGGUAGUGGGCCUGUGGUUUUGUAUGUGUCGGGUGAGUGGGUGUAUGGGUGUAUUAGGUGUGUGGGAGGGUGUGGGGUAGGAAUAGGGAUGGGGUUUCUGGUGUCAGUUCAUUCUUGUCCUCCUCCCUCACAGAUGCUAGUAAUCAUUGGCUCAGAAAGUUUAAUGCACUGUGAUCACUGAAGAUUGCCUGCUGACAUGAAUUGAAGGAGACAUUUGCUUUGGGUGCACUCUGGUAUGUGGAGAGGGAAAAGGGCCACCUGAUUCAUGCCUAGCCUGUACAUGCAACAGGUCAGACCUAUGUCUGUAAAGGGAUCCAUCUCACCUUCAUUCCACAGCCACCUCUAUAUGAAGCACUAAUGUACUGAUAGAACUAGUCUUCAUUACUAGGGACUAAAUUCAGGUCUUAAUGCCUCGGUUCUCCUAACUUGCAAAUCUUACCAAUGUUUUAUAUAUACAUAGAUCAUUAACAGAUCGGUUUAUUUGUACAGUUAUUUCAUACCGAACUGAUCAUUUGCAUGGAAAUUUGAAGCUUUAAAACUUAAUUGAUGCUUCUGCUGUGCAGAAACCUGACCGAUUUUGCCAUAAAUAUUUUGUGUGAUUAACUUUGAAUGUUUGGUAUUUGAUGCAAUGUAUUGUCCCUCAGAGCUCUGUAAUAAUAAAAUUUCCUUACCGUACUGAGUUUUAUUCAACAGCAGUGAUUAU